AUGGAGGAAUCUCAAUUACCCUGGGUUGAAAAGUAUAGACCAUCAGGCUUGCAGGACUUGCUAUCACACAAGGAUAUAAUAAGCACUAUUGAAAAAUUUAUUAGUUCUGGCCAACUUCCGCACUUGUUAUUCCAUGGGCCACCUGGCACUGGAAAAACUUCAACUAUACAUGCAAUUAGCAAAUGUAUUUACAAAGAUAGAAAAUACCAGAUGGUAUUGGAACUUAAUGCGUCAGAUGAUCGCGGUAUAAAUGUUGUGAGAGAUGCAAUAAAAAGUUUUUCAGAAAGUGCAUCAACUACAUUAAAUCACGUUAGCGGAACAAAUUUAAGUAGUUUAGAUGUGGAGAUGUCCGAUUCAAGCGUAAAAAACUUAGACUGCAAUAAGAACUUAUGUGAAAAUAUUAAGUUAGUUAUUUUGGAUGAGGCAGAUAUGAUGACUAGUACAGCUCAAAUGGCACUUAGAAGAAUAAUGGAACGCUAUUCCGAACAUGUGAGGUUCUGUAUUAUUUGUAACUACGUUAACAAGAUAACUCCCGCAUUGCAAAGUAGAUGCACAAGGUUUAGAUUCUCUCCACUUCCCAUUGAAGAUAUUAGGAGUCGAAUAUCGGAAAUUGCGCUAUCAGAAAGAAUUUUCAUAACUCUAGAAGGUCAAGAAUCACUCAUCAAGUCUUCAAGGGGAGACAUGAGGAAAGUUCUAAAUGUACUACAGUCAUGCAGCAUGAGUAAUCAUGGAAAUAUUCAAAAAUAUAAAAAUUCCGAAGAAUUACAGGGAAUAUUCUGUGAAGGUCUUGUCACAUAUAUUAAUGAAGAGAUGAUCCACAGAAUUCUUGGGAUACCCACAAAAAGUGAAGUGGACUAUAUAUUUGGAGUACUCUCACGAGAAAGCUUUUCAAAUGGCUACAACGCACUCCAUAAUUCCCAAAAUGAAAAUGGAUAUUCUACCCAGGACUUUGUGGAUAGUCUUUAUAACAAAUCAAUGGAAGCAAAUUGGCCCGAUGAAGUUGUUCCAUUGCUUAUGAGACGGCUUGCAGAUAUAGAAUAUAGACUUUCAAGAGGGGCCAGUGAAAGUAUACAGCUCGCUGCAAUUGUUUCAUGUUUUCAUGAAGUUAGAAUGGAAAUGGAAAAACUUGUUUGA